AUGCCUCCAAAUUUCCAACAGCUUGCUUGUGGCGCAUACACCUACGAUCUUGAUAGAGCUUACUAUAUUGGAGGUCUCAUAUCGUCCUGGACGACCUUCGAGAUCAGUAACAUUACCCAAAACUUCGGCGUCUCGGGAUUGGUCGAAUUUGACUUCGACACGAAACAGCUCACUAAUUCUACGAAUGACGGACAGUUGUUUUCAUCCCGAUUUACUGGUCUCAAGGAGUCGCGGGAUAGGUCAGGGCCUCUUUUCAACGUCCCCUUUGGACCACAGGAGGGCACGUUAGUUUCUUUCGGAGGACUGACAUUUCCGAACGCUACGGACAACGAAUUUGGAGCUGGCUGGAGUAACGUGUGGAUCUACGACAAGCAUAAAAAGGUUUCAUAUCACCAACCUACGACAGGAGAUGUACCUAAGUUAGGAACAAACCCUGACACACUUGCGUUCUGGUCCGAGACUGACGAGGAGAACGGAACCUUCGAAAUGUAA